CAUCAGCUGUUUAACAACAGAUAAGUUAAUUAUAAACAUGUUUUAGACGAAGCGUGUUAUUUGUGUUACUUUGGUAUUGUUUAAAUCCAAUGAAAUACGUGAAAAUAUUAAACAAAUUAAAUAACUAAAUUCCUCCUUUACUUAAAUAUUACCAAUAUGGAUUUCGUGAAAUUCGAAAGCGCCAGGGAAAAGGAGCGCAUUCGCCAACAGCUACGAGAGGCUCGGGAUCAAAUGCUCGAUCAGGCCAAGUUGCGAAGAGAGCAGAGGCUUCAACGAGAAGCAGCACAGGAAUUACGUGGUGAAGCCAAUUGGAUGUUACCCACCGUAGCUGCGAAAAUUGAUAAGCUUGGUAAGAAGGCGAGUGAAUCUAAAAGAUUUAAAAAGAAAAAGGAAAAAAGUAAGUUGAAGAAGUCAAAGAAAAGGGGAAAACAUAGCAAGAAUAGCAAAAAAUACUCGUCUUCAGAGUCUGAUCCAGAUACCUCAGAGAUAGACAGUGCUGAUAGCUCAUCGGAUGGGGAGCCCAGUAGCUCUUCCAAAAAGAAGAAAAGGAAGAAGAAGAAGAAAGAGUAUUCAUCUUCGGGCUCAGAUUCAUGGGAUAUGCCCAGUGAUCAAAGCACAUCGGAAGAUGAAAAGAAAAAAGCGGAAAAAUCAAUAUCAAAAAAUAAGAAAAAGCUUAAAGAAAGCUCAUCAAGCUCCACUUCGAGUACGGAUUCAUCUGAUUCCGAUAGUGACAGUUCUUCCGAAGAAGACGUACGUAAAAAAAUUAAAAAGGAGCUCAAACGUAAGCAAAACGAAUUAUCAGCAUCAGAUAGCAAAAAUAAGAAAACGAAUAGUCAAAAACGAAAUCAUGAUGAUAGUGAUAGCGAUGAGGUGGAGAAAUGGGUAGAAAAACCACCUCCACCAUCCUCCACUUCAAACGUACAAUUAGCACGGGACAGCUGGAUGACAGAUCCGUUAUUGCUAAAGACGUUUAGCAAGGACCGAAAAGAUAAAGAACCUUCUCAUAAACAAAAUUAUGAAGUUUACGAUCCAGCUAAGAGUAGCCGUGAGCUAAAUCCAUACUGGAAAUCUACAGGUACAGGAUUGCCCGGUUUCAAAAUGCCCAAUGAGGACAAUGAUAACGAUAGUGAUGAUGAACGUUUAGCAAAUGCUUUUGACUCUUCUUCUAGUAAAGCCGGUGGUAGCGGUGUGUCAAAAAAUUGGCGUAAAAAAACAGAUGAGCUGUUAUCAAGCAAAAAAGAACCCGCCUCCAUGUCAAUUUACAGCUCAGAAAGUACCGACGAAGAGUCGAAAACAGAGAAAUCGCCUGCAUUCAAGAAAUUUCUUACAGACCAACAAAUGAAUGAGCUUGGCGCAAAAUUGUUAAAAGCAGAAAUUAUGGGUAAUGAUGAACUAGCAGCAGAACUCAAUAAACAAUUGGAAGAUGCACGAAAGGAACGAUCUGCUUUCAAGGAUCAGAAACUUGCUUCAGAUAGAAAAAAAUCAACAGCAAAGCUUUCAUCUAAAGAGGUUGAAGAGGAGCAUGUCCUGCUUACACACACCGAUGAACGCGGAAACACGCGACCACUUGCUCAAGCAUCACGGUGUGUGGAUGAACGCGAAUUGUAUGGUGGACGCAAUGCACGCAAAAAACAAAGACGACUUGAAACUCAUGUGGAUGGUGAACGGAUGCGUUAUUUCCCGGACGAUGACAAAUACAACAUAAAGCAAAUGUUCGAGCGAGAAAAAUAUACUAGUGCGAGCGAUGCGAACUUGGAGUUUGCAAAAAUUGCGGGUAAACAUAAGAACCCCAACGACGAUUUAGAUGACAUAUUCGCCGACGAAGUAAGAAAGGAUGUAUCACAAUCAUCCUCCGAUCACAGGGAAAUGCAACGCGCUAUAAAUGAGCAUCAGCGUCUUACCGCACAACUGGACAACUGCAGGCAAUGCUUUAAUUCAACAAAAAUGGACAAGAGCCUUAUGGUAUCCAUGGGAGAACAAGUAUAUCUCGCUUUGCCAUGGCAUAUAGGUAUGCAACCAGGACACUGCGUUAUCAGUACAACACAGCACGUUACUUGUAGUACCCAACUAGAUGAAGACACCUGGGCAGAAGUGAAUGAUUUUCGAAAAGCGCUCACACGUAUGUUUGCUGCACAAAAAAAAGAUGUGGUAUAUUUUGAAAUAGCCACACGACUAUCACACCGCCCUCAUAUCACUAUACACUGUGUGCCUAUACCGGAUGAACAGGCGGAGAUGGCUCCAUUUUACUUCAAGAAAGCAGUCGAAGAAUCGGAGCAUGAAUGGAGUGUCAACAAACAGCUAGUAUCCUUAAGCAGCGCUGGCAAGGGAUUACGGAAUUGUAUACCCAAAGGAUUGCCAUAUUUCUGGGUUAAUUUUGGUAUGGAUACAGGAUUUGCGCACGUUAUCGAGGACGAAAAUAGAUUUCCACAAAAUUUUGCUUUCGAAAUUAUUGGUGGCAUGUUAGAGCUGGAUGCAAAGAAAUGGCGCAAGCCGCAGAAGGAACAAAAUAAUAUAGCUAAAGUUAAAAUGUUUGCCGAUUGGUGGAAGAAAUACGACUGCACUAAAUAAGUUGGAAAAGUAAUACAGCUGACUCCAAAAGAAUUACAAGAAAAAUUUAUUUAAUUAUUACUGUUGUUACUGUAUUAUCUGACAACAUAGUAGGUUACAUAUAUACAUAAAUUGUAAUUAAGAAAUCAAUUUUGUUUUGAGUUACA